CCGCUGCUGUCUAUCGUGUAGUAAGCUAACGUUAACCGUCACAGCCAGCUGCUGAGAUUUUCUGUCUUAAAAGACUGUAACAUGACUUAUUUCGAAAAGGACAUCAAGUUUGAUUGGCUAUAAUAUUAGCUAACGUUAGCUGGCCAACACACUUUGCAUACUGCUUCUACAAUCAAGAGGCUAGCCUCCUAUCGCAAGAUUUCAGCGACAGAACAACUAACAUUAACGUUAAUUCAUCUAACUCAAUGUUACGUUAGUCAGUUAGCAGAGGUUAAUUACGCAUCAUUGCACUUCAUCAGGAAUAGUCAUGGAAGUGGGAACUGUCGUGCAGGAAGAAAUGAAAUUUCGUGGAGUGGAAUUCUCCAUAAAGAUGGAGCUGGAGGAAGGUUUGCUGAUGGUGGAGAUUUCGGAUGUUAUGACAGCUGAUCAGUGGAGGGGGGAGUUUGAUCCUGCCUAUAUUGAGGAUCUCACGCGCAAGACGGGCAAUUUCAAACAGUUUCCUAUCUUCUGCAGUAUGCUGGAAUCUGCCGUCAGCAAGCGGAGUGAGUCGGUGACCCUUGACCUUCUGACCUACGCUGACCUGGAGCUGCUCCGGAACCGUAAGGCCGGUGUGGUGGGGCGCCCGCGGGGCCAGCAGCAGUCCCCCGCGCUGAGCGCCAAGCGCUACCUCAUCCUCAUCUACACCGUGGAGUUCGACCGGAUACACUACCCGUUGCCGCUGCCAUAUAUGGGGAAGCCGGACCCGGCCGCGCUGCAGAAGGAGAUCCGAGCGCUGCGUGCGGAACUGAACGCGCUUUCUCACCGAGGAGACGCCCGGCCAUCAGACUACGAGACACGACGACUACGAGCAGAGCUGGCGCUGGUGCGGGAGGAGAAGGAGGCGUUGGCGCGGGCGCUGGAGCGGCUGCAGGUGGUGGGCACGGGAGCGGGCGCGGGCGCGGGGGGGGGCACCCCGGGGGGGGGCAGAGGCCUGCGGGACGUGGUGCACAACCUGGAGGAGCAGCUGCUCAGGGAGAGAGCCAAGAGCCAACGCUCCGCCAGCAAGAGGGGCCACGAACACCGCCUGCUCAUGGAACAGCUGGAGGAACUCCGGGGAUCUGAGCGAGCACUAAGGAUUCGUGUCAAAAGUCUGACGAACGAGCUCGCUCUCGUGCGCCGCGGGAGGAUGACUCCUAUCUCCGGGGGCGACGCAGAUCUCCGCCGCUCCUCGUCCAGGGAGCGCAGCGUGAGCCGCAUGAUCGUCAGGGCCCGCUCUGGAUCCCGCGAGCGCAUCGACGACAGGGGUCGAAGGUCGGAGGAGAGGGGCCGGAGAGCGGACUCCACAGGCCCGCGCUCGUACAUCGCGCGACCCUCCCCCUCUCCCACAGGCUCCCGGGCUCCCAGGUUCGACCCGACCGCGUUCAUCCAGGACCGACAGCGUCGGCAGAGAGAAGCCGAGCUCAAAAAUCAGCGUAAGGUGCGGCGGGACAUGCUGGUGUCCCCGGCGCUGGUGGAGCGUGGCCGAUCGCGCUCUCGAGAGCUCUGCCCCCAGCUGGUGCGGACAGGAAGUGGCGGGCGGGGGCGGAGCCUGUCGGUGGAGAGCCACAGGAGCCAGCGGUCCUCAGGGAGCUCCGUCACCGAACUGGACGAGCUGGCCAAACCCCUCCCCUCACGUGGGAGGAAGCUCAUCUACAACGGCCCGUCCUCGACGAGAGGCAGGCAUCUGAACAAAAAGCCUAUGUGUAGCACGCCAACCCGGAGAAUGAGGAUCAACGACCGAGAGACAUCCAUUGAUACCGGGGCAGACCUAUCGGAGAUUGACGCUCGGCUACAAGCCCUGCAGGACUACAUGCGGGAGCUCGACACUGGACAUUGAUGUUUUACACGUUCAUUCCCCUGCAAGACAUGGGCACUGGACAUUGAUGUUUUAAAGGUCCAUUCCCCUGCAAGACAUGGGCACUGGACAUUGAUGUUUUAAAGGUACAUUCCCCUGCAAGACAUGGGCACUGGACAUUGAUGUUUUAAAGGUACAUUCCCCUGCAAGACAUGGGCACUGGACAUUGAUGUUUUAAAGGUCCAUUCCCCUGUGUGCACUAAGCUACUGUUGGAGCGUGGCCAUGUUGGUGGUGGAGGACUGUUACCACAUGGUGACGUACAUGUUGAUUUCCACGUGUGCGUCCCGUAGACCACGCCGAGCCCUUGUUUACCUGUGUGAACUCCCCUGGAGCUGAUGAAGCCACUGUUACCUCGUCGACCUUUGUGACACGGGAGCAUAUUUCCCCCCAAAGCCUAACCUUAGAACACGUUGACAAUCACUUUUAGUGCAUGAGGACAGCUGUUUGUGCUGUCUGUUUGACACUUUGAACUUGUAAAUAUCUUUUUAUUUGAAUCAUUUUAGUUUUUUCUGUUUGUCAAACAUUUUGAGAGGUGUUUUUAUAUAAAUGACAUUGUGUCUGA